UCGUAGGUUUGGUUGCUAACUUACUGGCUGUGUCUCUCCGGUUGUUUACUGCUGUGCACUCGUUUCUGACGACGCCUACACUUUCAAGAUGACGAUGACGACGGAUGAUAUGGUGUUUAUCUUCUGCUCUAACGUGGUGUUCAUCCCGUGGCUCGCGCUCAUGAUCGCCCCCAAGUGGAAGUGGACAUCGCCCAUCACCAAGGCCGUCGUGCUGAUGUUGUGCGUCGUCUACACCAUCUACUUCGGAUCGCAAAUGCGCAACAGCAAGGAGGGGGUGCUGGCGAUGUACAUGGACAUGGGCACGCUCGACGGCAUAGCCAAGCUCUUCAGGGGAGACGGUAUCCUCUUGCCCGCCUGGGUGCACUACCUGGCGUUCGACCUGGUGGCGGGGCAUUACCUCGUCCAGAAGAACAUGGAAGACCCGAACGGCCUGUCCAAGCUCGCCAUGGCCCCCUGCCUCUUCCUCAACAUAAUGGCCGGACCGACGGGGAUGCUGCUGUACGUGGUGCUUCGAGCGGCGUCGGACUGCAUCAGUGGAAAGUGCUGCUCCAAGGGACCCGAUAAAACUUCCUGAAGAACGCCGUUUCGAUGAGCUUCGGUCCCACGCGAGAAAACACACGGCAAAACAACGGUAGUAAUCAAUGUCGAUUGAUUCGCCGUAACCUCGGUAGUCUCUCGUGUUAAAGAACAAUGUCGAUCGAUUUGUCGUAUCUCGGAGAUCUCUCGUAGAAGUAUUACAAGAGCAAUGUCGAUUGAUCCACCGUAACUCGGUAGUCUCUCGUGUGAAAAGGGGAAAAGUCGGUUGAGUCGUUGUUCUCGCGUGUGCUCCUCCGCCUGACCGCAGCCGAAGACUCCUCCUGCUCCUUCGCGAAGCUGUCAUGCGCAGCUCGUCCCGCAUAAUAGAGGUGACACCCGCACAUCGUACAAUAGGUGUGCGCGAUAGAAAAAGGGGGAGAGGGGCAAUACAUACCGAGGCGGUGAUUUCGCUCGGGGUUUUUGCGCGCGUGACCGUUGGCGCGCACGGCGAUGGUUAACGGGGGGGGGUGGGGUGCUCUGAGAUUUGGCGACAAUAACGGAAGUGAUGCUAGAGAUGGAAUGAACGAUCACACCUAAAGAGAAAGGCGGUACUUUUCCGGCAUACACGGGUGACAAUGUUUCCCUGCAAUUUGGUGGGUGUGCUGGUGAAUCCGUACCCUGCCAUUUUUUCAGGGACGCUGGGGGCGGGCGGAGGGGUAGACGGGAUUUUAUUUUUUACCUCGGAAGGGAGGAGGGCUUUCCGCGUGCAUCAUUUGGAUUUGGAACCGCACACAUGACUCGGUGGUGGAGAAUGGGGAGCAAAGAAUAGGUGUGUGUUGUGUCUACUCCGAUUUGAUUGAUGGGAGUGUGCGGUUCGCGUACGACGUUCGUUCGUUUGUGUCUCACCUGCCGGUAGCCUGAAGUGUUCUGGGUGUAGGAAGGAAAGCCUGCACCGUAGAAUCCCCCCCCCCCCUCCCUCCCUCUAGGAGAUCAACAGUAGAAACGAUGCCCGUAUGCAUAUCGUAUGGGGGCGUGAUUAGUGUCCAGCAGACGUUUUGAGGCAAGCACGAAGUGAAAAAAAACCCGCUUCCCGCCGCCCUUGCGCUGGGUCUUGCUGUGCCUGUCUGGUAAACUUUUCGAACGGCUUUUCUUGUUUCUGAGUAUCACUUAACUGGGGUGCCAGUUUACGCGCUAUGCGUUGGCAUUGGCCAGACCCCCCCUUUUCCCCCCGUCCUGGCAGCCUCGGUGGGUGUGUACAGUACAGUUUGAAGAGGAAUCAUUGUAGGUGUAAAAAAGAUUGAGUGCCUGCAGUUUUCUUCUUCAAAUUUAUCCGAGCAAAACAUGGAGCUUGCCGUCUGGCCUACGUGUUGCUGUGAAGGAGUGGAUGCAACCAUGACGCCGUGUUUGGGGUUCCCAAGAUAAGACGCCCUGCUUGGGCAUCGAAGAGGGACCGGAGUGUUGAAAACUCGACGAAAAAUGUUGCCUGUGCGUCUCUCUGCAGCAGCGAGGUGCUUGGGCCCUUCGCCGCCGCUCUCGGCAAGAAAAACCUACGGUACGCAAUGGAUCCUACUAGUCCGUAGUCUAACUACGUUUGCUCUGAUCC